UUGAUUCAGACUCUGGCCUUACCAAGUUACUUACCCGGCCAACCACAUAUUCAAACGUUGACGAUGACAGGCGCUAACUACAUGGGAGGGAAAAGGAAUGCUGCUCGAGCGCGGACCAAAGACAGUACAGGUCGCGUUCAGAAGCGACAUUUUGGUCAACAGAGGUUGGCAGCUGCGUUAUGCAACACAAAGGAAGAAAGGGGAAGGCCUGAAAGGAUGUCCUUGAAAUCUGUUUUACAUCAAAUCAAUCUUGCUCAUGCACAACGAGACGCGAAAAUCAAAGGCAGUCACCCCUCCAUAGCGCAUAGUACAAACACAUCGCGCGAUCCAUCAUUCGCCCACGGCACCUCAUUUAGCACCUCAAAGCGCCGCGAACAACCUUCAAAGAUACUUCAAACGCUUGAUUUUUCUAAUCGUAUGUGAUACAUCCCCUGAUAUAUGUCGACCUGUCUUAAAUACUAUGCGCUGAUCGUGUCAGCGGUGGCCUAUCGUGAUGCAAUUGACCGCAUAUUAUCAAUCCCUCUUUCAGAAAUGAUUGGCAUUCCCCUGCAAGGAAAGUCACCCCACGCCGAAGAUGGAGGCCCUGGCAUUGAUCCCGACGAAGAUCUUCCCCUGCCCAUCGAUGCUGACAGCGAGUCGGACGUUCAGCUUGAAGGAACGUCUUGUGACAGUUUCUUUCACACCAGUCGAUCUUCAGGAAGCGCCAGCCAUUUGUUCCCAAUGGAUAACAAUGAUAAUAGACAAAUUUACAACAAUCAUCUGAGCCGACGAAUGUCGCAGCCUUCUUCGCCGGACCAUUCAAGUAUGGUCACUAGUCAUGAGAGUCCGCUACGGAGCACCGAGGCAGAUGGUCUCCACGGAAGCUGGGUGGACGAUUCAGGUUAUGCCGACAUGGAUACUACUGAGCCCAGAAACCUUCCUGGAACCAUACUCACCCACGAUCUUUUAGACCCGCAGCGGUAUCCCUCACCCCCGUUAAACAGCUUUCCGUUUUCUUUUGGUUCUCAUUCUCAAGGAACAGAGGAGUACAUUCUUGACAUGGACACAUCACCACCCUCAUCGCAGGGCUCCUUUUCACAGUUGCGUGGUGGAUGGAGUUCCAAUCACGAGCAUUUCUUACGACAGUCGUCGUCCUCCUCGACUUCUCCGAUUGUUUCCCCUGCACCCGUCGUUACGCACGAUUAUCCUGAGUCCUUCGGAUGGGAUAGCUCCAUCAAGUGCGACAGUCCUAUAUCACAGUCUCUUUGCCACAUGAGUGAUGUUAAGCAAACUUCUGCUUCAUCCUUCCAAACACAAUGCGCUCUUAUUACUCCUCAGAAGGCUCAGAAGAUGCUAUACACUGCCAAAACUUCAGAAGCGGUUGUGAAAUCCUUCGAUGAUAUAUCUAUUACAAGACAUCGUCGACCUUUUCAGCCCCCAUAUUCUGCCACUCGAACAGAACCUGUAGAAUCACAUUCUUUCAAUUCAUCGCACAGAUUUUCUUCUUUCGGCGGCUCAGAUACACAUGACCCAGGAUUGCCUUUGGACAUUCUCAACGACCCGGACCCAUGGGCGACCAUCGGAAAAAUUCUAAACCUUGAAGUCGUAAAGGUGCGCAACAAUGAUGACAUCACCUUUACUCGCGGUCGGGAGGGUGUCGGCUAUGUCAGGCAUCGUUUGGACGAAACAGCGCAUAUAUGGAAUCUACCACGUAAUUCUACGAUAAGCCUGCGAUCGAUCAAGUCAGAAAGCGACUAUCAACCCAAGGCGACGAUGAACGACGAAGUAGAAGAGCGCUUGGGGGAAACCACCGACCAUUGUCGCCAUCAUUCUCAACAUUCUGAAGGUUCACAGUCGGAGGAAAGACCUUCGUCUGAUCACUCCAAUCUCGCCAAAGACAUGAAACUCACAGCUCAGAACGAGCCACUUUGUACGUUGACCGUGGCAGAGCCGGAGAUGCAAACAGAAUCACCUUGCAUCCCUACCGCACUCUCACAUCGAGUCUCACCCCAGGAUGUACAAUGCGGUAGAAUAGAUGACGAUGAUAUGUAUGGGGGGCCAUGUUUAUUUGGGGACUCUGACGAAGAAGAUGAAUAGUUUUCGAUAGAACAUUUUGCACCAGUCUCGUAGUAUGAUACAGUUGCGGAC